CGACCUGCGGAUCUGAACCUCUCUCACCGCAUGCUGGGGAAAAGACAGCACACAGACAGACUAAUGAACACUGAAGUGCCUCUAAAGGUGAAUACUGUGUGAGGAUUCGCAACGGAGAGGAAAAUCAUUAACAAAUCCAGCGACAGUGCAUCACCCAGUGGGAUAAGCCCAGAGGGAUCAUGUGGGUUCUGGAGAAGAUCCGGGACUCGGUUGAAACAAAUGUGCUCCGGCAAGGAGAGGCAGGUGACAAGGGGAAGGCGCCUGUCUAUAGCAAUGUCCUCACACCCGAUAAGAUUCCAGAUUUCUUCAUCCCUCCAAAGCUGGUAAGCUGCCCACCAGAGACUGAAGCUUCUGACGUCAAGUCCAAAGAAAGUCUGAGACCCUCAACAUCUGAGCAAACCAUCAGCAACAAGAAGAUUAGCAGCCCUCGUAGCCCACGAUUGGUCAGCAAGUUGGCAGGAGACACCAAGAACCUACUUAGGGCGGCAAACCGCCACAUCAUUCAGAUCGAGAGUGCGGAUGACGUUGUAGCAGGUGACACAAACGCCGACCCUCAAUCCCAGACCGCCAUGUCACUUCCUUACAUUCCAAAGACUCAGACUUCUUAUGGCUUUGCUACGUUGAUGGAGAGUCCCCACACCCGGCGAAAAGAAUCCCUGUUCCACUGUGACCACACCAGCCCAGUAACGUCACCCAACACCCAACGCAAGUCCCAAAGCAAGAGCAGCAACGAGGGGAAUCACCUCAACCCUCCGGACUUCAACACCUCGCAUAUAAACCCCUACCGAUAUUUUAGCGGUGGCGAGAGCGACACUUGCUCUUCGGCAGAGUCCUCCCCAUUCAGUUCACCACUGCUCUCUCGUUCCGCCUCCUUACUCAAGAUCUUUACCCAUGAGACACAGGCCAAGGUCGCAAAAGGCAAGCGGACAUUUGCCAGGCAUAGUUCCUUGUCCACGGAUGAGUGCAGCUCGGCAGAGCCCAGCCCUAACGUUCCUAGACGGAGCCACUGUUCCACCUUGCAAGGUGGUGGAGCUCUAGACCAUCUUCAUGGCGCAGACCGUCAACACAAAGAGCACACCAUCAACAUGCACAAAGGAGGCACCGUCCGACUUUGUUCAGACUACGACGCAGGUACAGCCCGCCUGCGAAUCCGCAUUAUGGCGGCUGAGGACCUGUAUGAUCCCAUGUUUGACAUUAAGAGCAUCAACUGUUGCGUGUCGCUAUACCUCAAUCCAGGCAAGUUGCAGAAGCAGAGGAGCACGAUAAUCAAGAAUAGCCGCAAUCCCGUCUUCAACGAGGACUUCUUUUUUGAUUCAGUGACUUCGGCUCAGGUUAAGAACCUAGCUUUGAAGAUCAAGGUUGUGAAUAAAGGCACUAGCCUGAAAAGAGACAUGCUGUUAGGUGAAAGGGAGGUCCCGUUGUGCAAGCUCUUGUCUGGAUUUUAGACCUUCAGAAUGGGACACUGGGACACUGUCUUCAAAGGUGGAAAAAGGUCUUCUGUACUAUUUGCUUCAUUGUCUUUCAUGAAGCCUGAUACGGUAGUUGAAUUAGUAUUCACAAAUUCCGGGGAAAAAACAACAUAGGUGUAAUUUGCGGGUGGGAUGGGGAGACAUGUCCCCAUCAUUUUUUGCCAGGGUCGAUAUUGUCCCCACAACUUUUUUUAAAAUUUUGUGGCACGGAUGUACCUAAUACAAAGUAAACAUCUCCAGUUGACUAUCAAAGUAUUAAUUUAAUUAGUUUAUGUUAAAUAAGAGGCGAUAUGGCGCUGGAACGUGUUGUUUUUGAAACUGUGCCGAGUGCUGAUUGCCACUGAUUUCAGUGGCGGCGGCUCAUGCACAGUCUUCACACAGACGAGCGCUUUAAUCUUUUCCUUAAUGCUGUUGCAGAGACUCUCUAUUCGUUCCGGUGACAUGACAAAACAAAAUGCACACAAACGUGUCCCUGCUAUUGAUAUACAAUCAUUAUGAUGAACAUCUUUGGUUUUAAUGAGAAACAACAAAACAAAAAUUAUACUAGGGUGGAUUAGAACCCAGAACCUUUGAAACGCUUAACAAAAAUUCUAUCACCAGACUGUUAGGACACAUAAACAUCACCUGAGCCUGUGUAUUUAUUCACUGAAGUAAAGACUCUUGGGACAAAAUAUGUAGGAUGAAGCACCCACAUUAAACACGAGUUCUAUGUCGAUAAAUGAAACUCAAUGCACUACUGAAACUGAUUUCUGGAAACAGUAAUGUUAUUUUUGGUACAUUUGUUAUUGUACAUUUCUGAUGUAGCCUCCCCAAACACACACACACACACACUCCUGUCCCACCCACUUUUUAAAACCAAGUUCUGCCAAUGAAGAUCAAGGAAUUAGCAUAGCUCUGAAUUUGUGAAUUUGUAAAUAUAGAAGAGUCUAUGACAAAGUCUUUUUGUAUGUUGCCUUCUGUAUUUUGGUUGUUCCACUCAUUUAGCCUAAUUAAAACCAAGCAUUUACCUUUUUGAUUGUAAAGACUUUUUUCUACAGAGCCGCAGUCCUUUGAAGCUACACAAUGGCCCUCUGUGCUAAUGUUAGCUUUGAUCCUGGAUGCAUCUGCUGUCUAAUUUGAAGGAUAAAUAACCAGACUGAACAAUCUUGCGUCACACUGCAUGUGUUUGCGUAAACUUGUAAAUAUGAUGACGUAUUCUUGCAACAAUGUACAGAAUGUCAUUUGGUGAAACCCAGAAGCCUUACUAAAGAGCGAUUUUUGCAUGUUUAGAAUUUGCUCAAAUUGCAUCGUUCCUUGACUGAGUGUGAUUAUCUGUAUCUAUCUGUUGGAUAUCAUAUGAAAUAAGUGUUCUGGCUUGGACUCUUUGUCAAAAGCCUUUUAUGAAACAGGGUCCGUAUGAAACACUUUCUUUGAAAGUCUUUCCAUGCACACUACUUACCCAGAGGAAAGUAUAAAGUGAAAUAUUUGUGUUAUAUUAAGAUUCAAAUGCCAAUCUAUGCCACAUUCCAUCUGCAGUUAAAAAUAUUCUCAAUUCAUAUGGAAAGGAAACAGAAGUAUAUAUGCUGCAUGUGUCAUUAUGCAAAUGAGUGAUCUGAUAUGCAGUGUGUUUUUUCAACAGACAGAAACCAUAUGAAUAAAUAUUUCAAGUGGUUGAAAUAUGGCAUGAAUAUGAUGAUGGAUGGGUGGAUGCUUGGAUCUUAUUCUGUAUCAAGAUAUUUUACCAGUAAAAUCAGGAAAAUGGCUAUUACUUUAUUGGAAGGAAUAUCUAGCCUCCUUUAAUGUUUCAUAAUAAAUUACACAAAUUUAGUAAGUGUUUAUUCCUUUCCUGGCUCCACUUUAUAAAUAAAGAGCAGAAAAGGCAUUUUUGAGGUAAUGAGCUGGCUAGUGCUCAUUAAAAAGUUUUUAAAAAAACAUAAAAAUUGGCCCCAUUGAUACUAGCUAAUAGCCGGUUAUUACACAAGCAAUGCAGGGAAUGGAAAGAACGUUUCUAUAUUUAUGAUCUGUGGAUUGUGCAGUAAUUAUUUGAGUGCCAAAAGCAUAUGAAGCUUUUCAUUUACAUUCAGGUGUUUCAUUAAGUCUUUAAUUUCCUAAACCACUCGAAUGCUGGAGUCUUCCUGUGUUAACAGGUGUACUUUGCAAAAUGAAAAAAGUGCCAAUCCUAUGUACUUGAUGUAGAAGUGAACUGUUCACUUGGCGUUUAGUGAGAUUUGUUCAUAGUGGAUCCUGUCAACUCUGGUGUUUGUAACUUGUGUGCAUGGAUAAUAUUUUCACUGUGGUAAUCAACCUAUAAUAUUUUUGUGAGUGUGAGCUGUUUGAUGGAAAUUUCAGUGUACAUUUUCUGCACCUCUGCAUGGAUGUUCAACUGGUGUAUUUGUAUCUUUGAUGGACAAUGUUAUUUUAUUUUAUUUUAUUUUUCUUAAGUUUGCAACUCAUGAAAGAAAUAAAAAUACCAAAACAUU